UAAUCAAUUUUACGAUAUUUACACAUGAAGUAAGAUUCUAUUAUAGCUUACGGACUUCACCUCACAUAUGAAACAAUAUCAAAGGUGCAAACAGUAUUUGGAUAAAAACUAUUUACAUUGGGAAUAUUUGGAAUAUUUUAGUCUGGAUAAGUUGCAUCAGUGCAUACGAGGAUUUGUGUAACUUUUUUCAAGUAAGGUGUUUUUUUUUUACUUUGUUUACAAAUCGUGUGCUACUUCGAUUCUUCCCUUGUUAAGAUGCCCCUGUGCUCCAAUCCUGGAAUAAAAUAAGUCUGGGAUGUCAAUUGAAAAGGGGGGACAUUGGUGGAUAAGAUCAGUGUACGGCAGCCCAGAGUAUCUACUCAAAUGCUCAACUAGAUGAAUUGAUAUCUUGACCAAGCUCCUCUGACCGAUUGAUUCGCAUUGCCUCGCACAUAAUGGCAUUCGAUGAAUACAUAUGUGAUUGUCCAGUAUAUAAGAAUGUUUAUCAAUUCCAUGUAUAUGAUACAGGUAUCUUAAAUGUCGAUAUUUACCUCUAAACACUUGUUUGGACAUUUGAAGAAAACUGUGAACGAUCUCGUAUUUAAUACGUCAUUCUCACAAUAAUAUCAAUUAGGUACUAGAACCAAUCAACAAAGUCUUAGAAAAUGUGCGAAAUUUCUACAUUUGUCAAAUCAAAAGAAAUAUCACCUUCACUCUACGAUUGAAACACUACUUGUAGCUUUGUUAUGAUGUAGAAGUCAUUGAACUUUUUCAUACAUUGGUGACGGGACCUUAAAUGGAAUGUGUGUCAUGUUUAAAGGGACAUUUAUAAAUAGGUCGUGUACAUUUUAUUGAUAGUAAACCAACAGGUGUGGCUCUUGCUGACUAUAAACGGUAUGUAUAUAUCUAUACAUAUAAAACCUGUUUUAUGCUAGUACUUUUGGAGGUGAAUAAAAAUCAUUGUUUUGCCGUUUAAUUCUGAUUUGAAUACAUUCAAGUAAAACAGCAUAUAAAAUAUUUUGCGAUCAAUGAAAAAAAAAAUUGAGAUCAAAUGUUACGGUUCUUUAAAGAGAAAUAUAAAACCAAACUAAUAUUUGAAUGCAAGGGUGUGUGAUCUCGGACUACUUUAAUAAGUCUACAUACCUUGAGUUCUGGCAUUCCUUACUAAAGUUCACUGAACUUUUUCAAACACACUGUGUCAUUGAACUGGAACGUUAUGUCAAGAUGACAGUGGAAGUUUGAUAAACCGACCACCGUGUAACAGGUAAGGCGUACACUGUCAUCACUGCACUUUUUGCGUGUACAUCGUAACACAUGUAAAUUACUUAAGUAAUAUUACGAAGAAAGAUACUAGAUUGGUACAUAUUCUUGAAUUGCUAUUGUGUUUCGUCUUUUUUGUUAUAGCAUAACAUUGGUACAUCCUCGUUUUUUUUUCUGUUUUAAUAGUCAGAUUCUAUUAUUUUGAUUUAGUAUAUAUUCGGUAAAAUGAAAUGAUACUUCUGCUAGACACCGGAUCCCACCUCUGGUAUAUCCAGAUGUCUGCAUUUGCGUCUUUCAAAAAAUUUCACCGGGUAUUUUGAAUUGUUUAUUGUUAUUGCCGUGGCAUUGUUGAUAAAAUAUUCGCUGAGAUAAUUACAUGUUUGAAUUUUCUCUAAUGAGUUCGUUAAAUAAAUAAACCCCAGUGAAAUCUAGCAAGCUUUGAAAUAAACACAUCGCUCGAAAACGUAUAUGUAAAAACGUCACAUUACGUGUUAGUUCCACUGAUGAUUGAUUGACAAACCAACCCAAGGAAACGGCGACUACUUCGAAUAUAAGAAUUCAGACAGCUUUUCAAUCCCCAAGGCAUUAUCAAAGGGAAAUUCGAAGCUGAAGCCCUGGUGUCGUCAAAGUUUCAACCAAAGGAAUUAAGCAAGUGGUAUACUACACUGAAAUAUUUGUACCCGGUUGAUUAAAAAUAGCUUUAGAUUAGCCACCACAAUGAAUCACAUGUACUCUCAUUCAUCAAUAUUGCAUGUCAAAGAUUUGAAGUUGGUUUCCGACAGGUCCAUACAAAGUAUAGUCCGAUAAUGAAACAACAUUACACAAUUUCAAAUUACGGUAACAACAUUACACAAUUUCAAAUUACGGCAACAACAUUACACAAUUUCAAAUUACGGUAACAACAUUACACAAUUUCAAAUUACGUUGCUUUGUUUGCAAAGGUGCAUGAAAGAUGGAUUAUAAAACCGGAACUUCAUAUGUGACUGCCAGAGGUCUCCUUACAGGGCGGAGAUAUAUGAUAUCCACUGGCGUCCUAUAUGAACUAUAUAUGACAGCUCAGGUUGGGUUCGCGCUUUGCGUCCUUAUAGUUGAACGUUGCUGUCAUCGCAUUGUAUUUUUGCAUUUAAUACCACAUGGUUACUGAAUUCUCCUUCGUUGAUACUCUACAUAUAUUUAAUAUGAAAGUAAAAGAAACUGCAAGUGCUGCAUCUUUUACAAUGUUCGGUUUAUGUGAAUUAGCAAUAGAGCAUUAAACAUAUAUGAUUUCUUGUUGAAUCUCUCUCUAUCACACACACACACACACACACACAGAGAGAGAGAGAGAGAGAGAGAGAGAGAGAGAGAGCAAGCAGUUGAAAAUAUGUUACCUUAGUAGAUUUAACUAAAUGCGAAAUCGCUUUGAUUUAAAAGCUGACAUCUUCAACAGCUUUGUUUCAAUUUUUUUUAUACCAAAAAGAUGUACUUGUUUAAUUCAAUUCAAUUCAUUUUAUAUAUAGAUACAUCCUUGAUUGUUGUUUAUUUGAACAGAUGAAAGCUGGCUGAGUCGUUCUGGAACUGUAAAACAGUCUAAAGAGUCCCCGAAUAUCUGAAUAUGGUAGCCGUACGAUUAAUCAGAAUUUCAUACCAAAGGUCUUUGCGAUUUAUCGGAUUCAGAAAUAUUUCUCAGUCGUCCACUAGAAUCCAUGUGGAUGAUGUCAAGUUACUGGAGGAGGUCCCAGGACCGAAAGGGUUCUACACAUUGCCGUAUAUUGGAAUGAUGCUCUUAAGCCGAUCACUAGGAGUACUAAAGAACUUUGAAUUCCAUAAGUUUGCUGCUUGCAUCCAAAAAGAGUAUGGCGACAUUGCUAGGAUUCGGCUGAAAAACAAAUGGGGUGUGUUCAUCUUUCACCCCGAUAUGGCAAAAGAUAUCCUAGAAGUAAAAACGAAGUAUCCUCUUUCUGCUGGUGUAGAGAUGUACCAGGUUUACAAGGAACACAGGAACCUCUACCCCGCGUUAGCCACUCUACAAGGAGAGGAGUGGGCCAAGCUUCGUAAACCAACACAGGAACUGAUGCUUAGACCAGCAGCCGUGUCUGUAUACGUGGGCACUAUAUCCAAGGUGGCAGACGAUUUCGUGGGAAAAUAUGAAAAUGGCGGGGUUGUAGACGAUUUCAAACAUGAGAUAACGAAGUAUGUCACAGAAAGUACUGGAAUGUUGUGCUUUAACAAACGUCUUGGUUGCAUAGAUGGGGCACCUGUGUUGGACAAUAAAUAUUUGGAUGAUAUUUUUGACGCAAUAGAUCGAGAUUUGAAAAAACUUGGCCCAGCAUUGUAUAGAUAUAUAUCGACGCCGCUCUACACAAAGUUUGAAAAAGCAGCCGAUCACCUUUUUGGUGUAGCCUAUGCAGAAAUUCAGGAAGCCAUGAGCAAAUUAGAGAAGGCUAAGACAGAAGGACGUUUAGAAGAAUAUCUCCAUCAAAGUCCCAACUUACUGUAUGCACUCUUAACACAUCCAAAGAUGACUCCUGACAUGGUCAACAGUGUUUUGGUGGAUCUUUUCAUUGCAGGCGUGGAAUCGACCUCCAAUGUUCUGUCCUUCCUUUGGUAUGAAUUGGCGAAAAACCCUGACAAGCAGCAGAAACUUCAUGACGAGAUCAACUCGGUGUGUGGUAGCAAUGAUGUCACAAAAGAAUCCCUCACAAAGAUGUCCUAUCUAAAGGCGUGUGUGAAGGAAAUAAUGAGGUUGUAUCCGCCAGCAGUUCCUGGAACUAUCAGAUAUCUGGACGAUGAUAUAACGAUUGCCGGCUAUAGAAUUCCAGCAGGAGUACAAAUGUUCAUUUUCCAGCAACAUAUGUGUGAAGAUUCCAGAUUUUUCAAAAAACCAGAUCAAUUUCUACCUGAAAGAUUUUCUCGAGAUGGAGAUCUGAUGAAUGAAAUAAGAAAUGCCCAUCCAUUUGCAACACUUCCUUUUGGAAUUGGAACUCGCAGUUGUAUUGGACAAAGAUUUGCAGAAACAGAGAUGCAUAUCAUUACAGCAAAAUUCUUUCAGCGCCUUGAAGUCUCACUGUUAUCGAAGUCCGACAAGAAGCUGGAGAUGAAGUAUCGCAUUUUUUCCACACCCACACAGAAAAUCCCUCUUAUGAUUAAACAGCGACUUUAACUGCUAGCGAUAUAGUCCAACCCACAAAUAAAGGCACACACUACAUAUUUUAUACAAGUAUGUUUCCCGAGUGAGUGAACUUGAGAUAUUUUAAUUUCCCGGUAAAAUUAUAUUUUUGUAUCAUUUUAGGCAUUGUGUGAAUUUACGAUGUAUCAAUACAGAAAACCAUUUGUUGGUAUCUGAUUUAAGAUCAAUUGCUUUUACGAAAAUUCGUUUUAGCAAUACAGUGUACAGUAUAUGCAUAUGUGGUGGUACACAAGUAACGGGAAUGGGAGACAUGAAAGUGAAUCCCUCCGUAUUGCGUUAUUCUAUAAUUAUAGUGUUUUACACCGAUGGAUCCCAAAGGAUUAUCCUGCAAUUCCUUGCAUACUGUAGAUUCCAUUUUACACGAGUACUUAAUAUGGCGAAAUGACUCGUAUACAUCAAAUCGCAUGAACAUGAAGUCGCCCUUCACCUGUUAAUCAAAAGUUUUUACAUGUACAUGUAUUAUAGCAACAGAAAAUUAAAAGCAAGUGAUUUUAUUUCACGAGUGAUACCUCCCGUCAAAUUACGCGAAAAUAAAUUCAUCGUGUAUAUUUAGGAAUCCACAGUACGAAAACUUUGAACUAAUCCAAAUAGAGAGAGUCAUAAUAAUUAAAUAAAAAUGUAGGAAAAUGUGCAGUUCCAAAAUAUAUUCAAUAUUGUGCAUGUUUUCCUACAUAUAGAUAGAUAUAUAGAAAGAAA